GAGUACAUUUUUUAGAACUAUUUUAGUACCAAAUAUACGAAAAGACAGUCAAUCUAAAAGUGACUCAUAGAAUUAGCACGCAUAAGAAGAAAUACUGUUAAAAGACCCAACCAGCCAUGGACAAUUUGUGGAAGAAGGAAUCAACUAGAGAUGGGGCACAAUACGUUGAUCUUUUUUCUGCUCAGCACCAAAUGGCACAAUAUAUAAAAUGCUUUGGCAACAUGAAUAUCAUGCCGAACAAUAAGGACAAUAAAUACUCCACAACGUUGCACCAGCGUGGAAAUGAGUUUUUUCGAGCAAAAAAAUGGUCUGAAGCAAUGGAUUCGUACAACGAAAGCUUAUGUUAUGCGGAAAUCGGGUCAGAGAACGUGGCGUUGACAUAUACAAGUCGAUCAUCGUGUUUCUUUCAGAUGCGAAUGUACGAAGAAGCGUUGACAGAUAUUGAGUUUGCAAAGAAGUCUAAUCUUCCCGAUCGCUUAUUACCGACACUUGAGCACCGCCAUCAGGAGUGCCGUAAAUUGAUGCAAACUGCACAAAAAUCCAAAAUGACGCGUGACUUUAAACUGAGCUACGAGGCACACAAAAACUACCCAUGUUUGGCUGAUGUGGUGGAGAUCAAAUACAGUCAAGAAUUCGGACGACAUUUGGUUGCCAAAUCGGACAUCCCAGUUGGAAAAAUCGUUUUGAUGGAAAAGGAGUUCGUCGCAGCCAGUGACAAUGAACAAAUUCGAUGUUGUACUUGCUUCCGAAAGAAUGCGAAUUUCAUCGCAUGCACCCAGUGCUCAGCCGCUAUAUUCUGUGAUAGUGAUUGCAUGAACCAAAACUUAUGGCACAAAUGGGAAUGUGGUUCAUUUGUGACACAAGUACGUAGCAAAGAGAAAGUUCCAGUUCGAGCGAUUUUGAUGGCUAUUGAAAGUUUUCCAAACGUUGAAAGUCUCAUGGAGUUUGUUGACAGCACGUUACGCGAAGAUCCCGAAACGAUUCCGACAUCAAUACAUGAUAUGAAGACGAAUUAUCAUUUCUUCUUUAAACUCAAAAGAUUGGCACCAGCUGAAGCUAUAAAAAUGGCUUACAUAGAAUUCAAGUGUUUAACAGGAAUUCCAAAAAUCAACAAUUCAUUCAAUACCAUAGGGAAGAAACGUUUUCUCAUGCAUUUAGUCGCACAUCAUUCCGGAAUUCUUGUAGCCAAUGCAAUUGGAAAUGGAUACAAUGACUCAACAAUGAUUAACGUAUUUUCCAUGGCAAACCACUCUUGUGCUCCGAAUAUACUUACCUAUCCAGUAAAGGGUCACUUUAUUUAUGAAACAAUCCGUUUCGUGAAAAAAGGUGAGCAGCUCUGUUUCAACUAUUUGGGUAGAUUCAAUCCAGAAACCGAUGAGAGACAAAAAAUAUUGGAAUCUAAAUGGAAAUUCAUUUGCAAGUGUGCAGCAUGUAAACCAGCCAAAAACAUUGUCAAUGCACGUUUGGCAUCCGAUCCGCGUUUUAAGUUUGUACGUAACAAUGUGCAUGAAAAAAGAUUGGCUCCGAAAAAUUUGAAUAAAAGUCGCCAAUUUUUGAACGAGCAUGGUCAAUUGCCAUGGUCAGAAGAAGUUGCAUUGAUGUCGGAGGUUUUUUCAGGAUUGACUGUAACACUUUACGUAAAUCCAUUGUAAUAAGAUUACUUUCUCACUACGACUGACACACUUUCAAUUUAACUUCUAGAAAUUCAGACAAAUGUGAUCAAAAAAAUAAUGUUUUUUAGCUUAAAAUAAGUGAAAAAUACGAAAUUUUUACAAUAUUCUUUAUAUACACGUGGAUUCCGUCAAAUUAAUGUGAAUUGCUUCAAAAUUAAAAUUUAAUUUGAUAAAAUA